AGAGAUUGUGCAAACACGUACAACUAAGUUAGAAAUUAGUUUAAAUUAUAAUAAUAAUUAGUACUUAUAUUCUGAAUUGUUCGCUAUGAGAGAAUUUAAAUACGACGUGGUACAACUUAUUCAAUGUGUCAGAGAUCGGCCGUGUCUUUGGGAUAAAUCGUUAGAAAACUACAAAGAUCGCGUUGAAAGGAGAGCGGCUUGGGAAGAAGUGUUCGGUAUCCUUGAUGAAGGCUACAAUGAAAUGAAUCGCGAAGAAAAGCGACUAAUGGGUGAACAUGUGCUCUGCAAAUGGACAAACAUUCGUGAUACUUUUACGAAAUCCCUCAAAACAAGAAUGGGUCGACCGAAAAAGAAGUAUAUUUUCUAUGAACAUUUGAAAUUCCUUUUAAAAAUGACAGGUGUAGAUUACAGCAAUUCAGAAUUCACCGCUGAAGAAGCCCAAACAUACAUGAAAGUGGAAAAAGACAGUCCAAAAGAAAGUAGCAGUAGAAAGAGGUCGAAAAAGUCGGUAUAUAAUGAGAAUGCAUCAUUUAAAAGUACACAAAGUUAUGAUAAAAGUAGUAGAGAAUAUUACCAAAGUGACAACGAAUUAAUAGAAAUAGAAGAAUCAAAUGAUCCUCGUAUUAUGAACGAGGAUGAAGCCUUCUUUGCCUCAUUAUUACCAACAGUUGUAAAAUAUUCUGAAGACGAAAGAUUAGAAUUCAGGAUAGAAGUAUUAUCGGUAAUGAGAAAAAUAAAGGAGAAGAGAAAAUGGUCCUCUGAAAGAAUGGAUUAGAGUUUGUGUAUUUUUGAAUUUGUUUAGGAAUUUUUUAAACAUAAAUGUAACGGAUAGCUUUAUGGAUAAGAUUUUUUAA